AGAUCGGCAGCGAAGGGGUUAAUCGGGAUCCGCUCUGACUGAUCAUUUCGGCAAGGCGGUGUGAGCGAGCCAGGACUGCAUGAUCAACUGCAGCAGCAAGAGCCGGCUGCAUCGUUAACAGCCCUUUCCUUUCUCUUUCGCUCCUCUCUUCUUUAUUUUUCAUUUUUUCCUCCCUUUGGACCUUUGCCAAGCAGCUCCUGUGUUCACACCAGAGCACGCACGCCACCGAGAUACCCGUCUCCUGGGAUUCUGGACAACUACCCAAAUCUAUACCGGUGAAUAAAGAGAAAAGAGAAGAGAAGAGAAGAGAGAGAGAGAGAGAGAUUGAAAUUCUCCAUUCAUCUGGAGCCCUCCUUCUGUUGCCUUCACACCCACACACCCCUUUCCUUGAACCUUCAGAGCCCUCCUCCAAGAUAUGGCCACAAAAAUCGACAAAGAGGCGUGCAGGGAAGCGUACAAUCUUGUGAGAGACGAUAGCACAGAUGUUAACUGGGUAUCCUUUAAGUACGAAGGAUCUACAAUUGUCCCAGGGCAGCAUGGAGUCGAUUAUGAAGAGUUUAUAAGGCAAUGUACAGAUGACAUUCGGUUGUUUGGCUUUGUCCGAUUCACCACCGGAGAUGCCAUGAGCAAGCGAGUCAAGUUUGCCUUGAUCACGUGGAUUGGGGAGAGCGUCAGCGGCCUGCAGAGAGCCAAGACGGGGACCGACAAGACUCUGGUGAAAGAAGUAGUACAGAAUUUUGCCAAAGAGUUUGUGAUCAGUGACCACAAGGAACUGGACGAGGAUUACAUCAAGGGCGAGCUGAAGAAAGCCGGAGGUGCAAACUACGAUGCUCAGGCAGAGUAAAAACAAAACAAAAUGCACUGUGCCUCCUGCCUGGAUCAGGAAGGGAAGGAGGGAAAAAGCACAAUUGAUCUUCAAGAGCGAAACUGGGAGAGGAGCGGAGGCGGGCGAGAGGACGCCACGGCUUCAUUUUGUGCGCCUUCGGAGUCCCUUCCUGCCUCCCAAAGUGGACCUUGAGUUCUCAUUCCAUCCAGUGAAGCAUCUCCUUCGUUUCCGGUCUCUCCUCUUGCCUCCCUUUCCUUUUUCUUUUCUAAAUCAUUGUCUUUCUCUCUUAACAAACAUUACAUGGGUACUCGGCCCCAUAGCACCUUGGCUCUGAGAAGAUGUGUUGGCCGUAGAAGCACGUUGCCAUUUCUAUCGAAGUUCUGGUCUUGUUUUUUUGAUAGAUCCAUUGUCCUUCUGGAAAGCCAUCGGUAGUGGCUUAGCAAUGAAAUGAGCGUUAUUAUUUUCCGUGUAUGAAUUCACACUCCGACUCCCUCCAGCUGCCCGAGAGACGUGUCUACAGGAGUCAUACAUGCAGAGUGGGUUGGGUGCAGCCCCAUCAUACGCGUGCUUUCGUGGAAGCAAAUCCCUCAGUGAUCAAUGAGACUUGACCCUGCAAUCCAAUGCAUGCCUACUCAAAAAGUGAAUCCCAUUGGAAACAAUGGGACCUACUUCCAAGGAAACAUGCAUAGGAUUGCUUCUAAAGACGGGCCCGUAGGACUGUGGCCUUACAAUGCAAUCCUAGGCCUAUUGACGCAGAACUAUAUUCUACUGAGUCCAAUGGAUGUUACUCCCAAUUAAGCGUCUGCAUGAUCACAGUCUUUACAGAAGGACGCUAAGCAAGCUUACUCAAAAGCAUCUUCAUCUGAGCUCUCAAAUCAGUGCGUGUAGGAUUGCAAGCUGAGGCUGCAGUCUUACGCUAACUUACCUGGAAAAUGGACUUUGAGUAAACAUUUAUAGGAUCGUGUAGUACAGGGGCCCUUAAAUACGGGCCCCCUAUCUGGCCCACCUGAGGUCCCAAUCAGGACCUCUGGGGUUCCCCAGAUUGCCCCACCCCUUCCUCAGGCCCCACCCCUUCCUCUGGCCACACCCCCUUUUUGUCCAACCAUCAAUCAUUUAGUGUUCCCCUAGCUUUUGCGCAGUCUCCCCCCACCUAUUCUAAAAGGUCGAAAUGCCUGUCCUAAGGCUUAGUGACUGGCAGCAAGGGCUUUAGGCAUAACCUAUGCUGGUCUUUUUGCCCCGCCCACUUUGCAUCUGGCCCCGCCCACCACUGGAAUGCAGCCACCUGGAGCUUCUCCGCCAUGGAAUCCAGCCCUGGUGUAGUUAGUUGAGCCUUUCCCAACCUGCUGCUCUCUAGAUGUGUUGGGACUACAAUACCAAUCACCCCCAGACAGCACGGCCAAAGGUCAUGCAGGCUGUGGCUGAUGAGAGUUACAGUCUAACACAUCUGAAGGGGAGAAGGCUGAGUUGGUCAACUACUCCGUCAGGGUGCACGUGGUUUAGACAGGAAACAGCCCUUCAAUUCCCACCCUGCCUCAACCAGCCUGCCUGGGGCAUGCUGGGAGUUGUAGGACUUUCGUCUGAGGCUGUUUUUGGCAUGGGGAGGGUGAAUGUGCAGGAUCAGCUCCAGUCAACGGCAGUAAAAAUCAGACAGGAGCUGAAAUAUCCGAUGAGCAGUAAAUAGCAGUCAUGAGGAAAUACAAUCUUUAUUUCCGCUUUUAAAGGAAUCAGAAGGAAUAUACUUACUUUUGCCUUAACAGAAUUGCUGGGCUCUGUGCUAUAUAGUAUGUUUUCGCCUGCUUUCUCUCUCUCUCUCUCUCUCUUUCUCUUUUUAAAGUGCUUCUCAUUUUAUUUGGUUUUUUAAAAUACCUUGCGGUAAACGGUGGGGCAGGGGGGAAGCAAAACGUCUCAUCUUUUGCUUGUACUGUUUGGACAAUUGUUGGCUUUUUAAAAAUUAAUCUCUGCA